AUGAUAUAUGCUAUAGGAAUCCAAUGCCUCGUCCACCCGCCGACGCCCGACGAGCUCGUCUUGACGUGGGAGGUCUGGGCGGUCCUCGCUGCGUCGUUCGGCAUCGACGGAUACGUGCUCUCGCGCGCCGUUCGGGAGCUGCGCGCGACCAAGCCCAAAGACGUCUCGCUCUACGAGCACGUCAAGACGAUCAAGGACCCCUUCAUGAUGGCCGUGCUCCUCGAAGACCUCGCGGCGUGCACGGGCGUUGUGAUCGCGCUUGGCGGUAUCGGCGCCAGCUACGUCACCGGCAACCCGUUCUGGGACAGCGCGGCGAGUAUCGGGAUCGGCUGUCUCCUAGGCGGCGUCGCCGUCUCGCUCAUUCGCAUGAACCAGCGCUUCCUUUUGGGCCAGUCUGUCGACGCGGAGAUCGAGCAAGGCAUCAAGGCCCUUCUGCUCUCGCGGCCGUCCAUCGACAAUGUGUACGCGGUGCAGUCGCAGUGGGUCGGGCCGUCCACGUUUAGCUUCAAGGCGGAAGUCGACUUUGACGGCACGUACAUGGCGGCGCAGCUGCUUGAAAUAUACAAACCCGUGUUCCUCGAGGCCAAGGACCUCAAGGCCGACCUGCCGCUUCUCCUUGCGUGGUACGCUGAAGACGUCACGCGCCUCGUCGAGAAGGAAGUUCAGGAAGUCGAGGCCGAGAUUCGAGCGCUCUACCCGGAAGCUGCGUUCAUCGAGCUCGAGCCAGAUAGUAAAGACACGGACAUGCGCGCGCUCUCCAACCUCGGCACCAAGUCGUUCCGAACCAGCGAGCGUGAAGCCAUGUCCCGGGCGCUCGCCCACCUGGCUCGGUCACUGGAGCGGAGUCAGUAG